AUGGCCGUCCGGCGCAUACGCGAUGAGGUCCCGCCGCCGCUGCCUCCGCCACGCAACAUCGACGACCUCCAACAUGGCCACGACCCCGGUUGGCAGUGGGGUAACACAAACAGCCCAAAGGACACGGGCUUUGGCGGGAACCGGCUUGCGUCAGUCAGGCCUGGCUCGAGCUUGUAUGGCGGACCCGUGAAUGGCCAGGCGCAUUCGCGGAACCCGUCGGCUGACUACGCCUUCCACGGUCGCGAGUCCUCCAUGUCCAGGUCCCUCGACGACAUGAGCUCCGAGCACAGUGGAGAACAGCACAGCGACGAGGACCGCAACGGCAAAUCACGGCCAUCGCUUGGGAACCACAGCAGACUUACGAGCGAACGUCAGCUUGGCCAGAAGGCAUUGCAAAGCUCCUCGCACGCUUAUGAUAAGCAACUGCUCUCCAAGAUUGGCGGGCCGAAUGCCCCAACAAGAAAUUCCCUUUCCAGUAGUUCACAGGAAGUCGCUACCGAGACGCAUACGACACAUACGUCGCUGCACACGCUCAACGGGCAACUGCAGCCGUUGUCUCUACCCGACCGAUUGCAUCCCACUCUGGACUCUUCAGGACCCAAGUGGGCUUCUACCGGGGCAGUAUCACCUCGAUACACUGGCUUUCGAAGUCCAGCCUUCGAACCGGGCUCUGCGGAAUCGCCCAGAGCGCGGUUCGGUAGUGUCGACGACCCUUUGUCUCAGCAUCGCGGCAGCUUCGACCACGGUAUUUUCUCCGAUCACGAGUUUGGCAUGGAGGAGAACGGAAUACGUGACUUGAAUAUUCAUGAUCGUAGCCCUGGCGGAUACGACGACCACUCAGGCACGAGGGCGCGCCUCAAACGGCGCGCGUCGUCGCCUCAUGGAGAAGCUGCCCGUGAAGAUCGACCCACCACCAGCGGCAACACCGACUUGUAUCAUCGUCGAUCAGCGCAGAUGUUGGUCAACCGCAACAGCCCGGCUUCACGCUUCCAGCUCAACACAGGCCCGUCGUCAUCAGCCGCUUCAUCUCUUGGUCAACAUACAGGUUCGGUCAGUUCAUCGUUUGGCUUUUCAACCGCUGCGAGCAGUAUAACCAGUUACGGCGGAGACCAACGUAUAUCGCCCAGUGCGCUGGCGCCUGUGGGAGAGAUGGAUUCCGUCUCGCCGUAUGUGGCUAGCCGAUCGUUAAACCCCAGCCCCCGCAAUUCUAUAUCGCGACCACUGCAUCAAAGAGGCUUCUCGGAGACCGAACAUCCUCAGAUCCGUAAGAUGUCUUCAGAAAAUGUGCUCCCCUCGCGACAAAAUUCGGUCACAAGCCGCGUUCCAGGAUCCCAUAUUUGCGAAUGCUGUCCUAAGAAACCUAAGAAAUUCGACAGUGAAGAGGAAUUGCGAUUACAUGAGCUAGAAAAACAGUACAUCUGCCAAUACUGCCCGAAUCGAUUUAAAAACAAGAACGAAGCAGAGCGUCACCAAAACUCCCUUCAUCUUCGACGACAUUCCUGGUCCUGUGCAGCGCUUGCAGGCGCACGUGCAGCCUUCCAUCCAUCGCCCACCCGUCCAACCGCAGCCGAUAUAUGCGGCUACUGCGGCGACGAGUUCCCCAAUCCGGCAGACUGGGAUGCCCGCGCAGAGCAUGUCAACCAUGUGCACAAAUUUGGGGAAUGUAAUCAAGCCAAGAAGUUUUUCCGUGCAGACCAUUUUCGGCAACAUUUAAAACACAGUCACGCUGGUACAAGCGGAAAGUGGACAAACAUGCUCGAGACUGCUUGUAUGAGGGACGAGCCGCUUCCGCAAGAGCGUACGCCUGGGGGAUCGAUAUCCGGUCCUGCGGGUGCACCGCUUGCCACGAAACCUGGUGUGAUUAAUGAAGCACAUGACGAAACUUGA